UCUUCCAGAAGCUCACACCAAUCGAUUUAAAACUCUAUAUAACUCUCCUCCAUCUAAAGACCAAGUCUACAAUUCGAUCAAAACAAAAAUCUCUCUCUAAAUCAUUGUUUCUCUCUCUUCCUCUAAUAUUAUUUUUUUAAACACCAACUAUUUUAUAUUUUUUCAAGAAAAAAAAAAUGGAAAUUGAUAUGACCAGAUAUAGCACUACCUUUUUAAUUAUUGCUAUCCUUUUUUUCUCAUCCACUUUCAUUUAUGCUGCUCGUCCCUUGCCAGCUUCUCAUAACCAGAAAGCAGAAAUAAAGGAAAGUAUGAAGGUGGAUGAGGUUGAAUCCUGUGGAGAAGUUAAUGAAGAAGAGUGUCUGAUGAGGAGAACACUUGUGGCUCAUACUGAUUAUAUUUAUACUAACCAACAAAAUCCUUGAUCAUAAUAAUUAUUAAUGAUAAUGGAUGAAUAAGCUUAUAUUUGCUUCUUUUGUCUAAUUAAUUUAAUUGGUAUAUUAUUAUUAAUAUUUCAAUUAGUUUUAAAAAAAAUAAUGGAUAAGUUUAUAGUUUACAAUUUACUAGAGUUAUACGGAAUAUUUCAGACCAUCAUCAGCCAUGUGUGCUUUUGGUGUUCUACUCAAAUUUAUUUUUUUCUAAGUACUUGGAUUGUUAUGAGUGGCCUAGGCUUUAUGUAUAUUAAUACAGCUUCCGAUGUUACAUAAAAGUUUAAUAUUAUUCCUUUUAUUCGUUAUUAUUGCGAAA